AUGUCGACACGUACCAUACGCCCAGCGCGUCCCGUGUCGGGCGCUGCACAGUCCAAUUUGUCACUCGGUGCGCCUAUCCGGGGGCAAUCGGCUUUGGUCGCUUCCGAACAAGGAGGCGCUACCCUGCGCCCCAUGUUAGAAGAGAGCCCCACCUCGUCGGAGAUGUACUCUGAUGCCCCUGCCUCUGCGGAUGCCAACUCACGCUCCAGCAUGCAUGUACCAGCUGUACAAGUCACACAGUCUGAUGCCGACGAAGGCUUGUCGACCGCAGUAGCUCUGCGUCGGACGUCCUAUGCACAUGGCCAGGGACCUCCUCCGCUAGCACCGAUGACGCCUUCCUCGUCUUCAUCGCACAUGGCAGUGGCUCAGCAUACCUCAUCCCCUGCGCCUCUUAUGCCUGAGUCGCACUCUAUGCAGAACAUGGAAUUGCGCCCACGAGCCAUGCCACCUUCUGGGCCACGCUCCCAACCUGGCCCACGGCCGCCUGCGCCCGCCAUGGAUGACACACAAGCGGCCGAUGCAGGUCCGGAUACGCGUUUGCGUGGACUCCGCAAGUGGUUUGCGAUGAUGACAUGUGGUUCUUCAUCUUCGACUGUGGCCGCUGCGGUGGAUGGCCACGAUAAAAAGACGCCGUCACUUCCGCCGUCCGCCAGUCACAGGCGGUCGACACUCCCUGCCACGCCGGCAGACGAGCUUCAUGCGGCGGAAACUGUACCAAUGAAAACACCGUCUAUGCGUGCGUCUACGCACAUGGGUGAUUCCUCGGCGAACAUGGCUGACACUACGCGGAACUCGGCGGUGCUUACCGUGCCCAGUGCGGGGAACCGCAGUAGCAUGGCUACGUCGGCAGGCAGCUCUGAUAUGACUGAUGAUUUGGACGACUUUUCCCAGGACAUCAUUACGCAAGUCCCCCAAAAUGGUAUGCCUGUGGCGGCCGGGUACAUUGACCCUGAAUUGGAGCAAGAGAUGAUUGCCGAAGAGCAGCAGUUGAUUCAACAAGGUGGCCUAGGUAUCCCUGUGGAUGAAUAUGGCCAGCCAUGUCCGUUGCUCGUCCCUGCGACGGGCCUGGAGGCUUCGCGAAAAUGCUUGGUCCUUGAUUUGGACGAGACACUUGUGCACAGCAGUUUCAAGAUGGUACCCAACGCGGAUUUCGUUGUGCCUGUGGAAAUCGAAGGUGUGGUACACAAUGUCUAUGUGAUCAAACGACCGGGUGUGGACGAAUUUAUGCGUCUUAUGGGCCAACUAUACGAAGUGGUGAUCUUUACAGCCAGUCUGAACAAAUAUGCUGACCCUGUGAUCGACAUUUUGGAUAUCCACCAGGUCGUUCGUCACCGUCUUUUCCGUGAGUCAUGCUACAACCACCAUGGUACCUAUGUAAAAGAUCUCUCUCAACUGGGCCGUCCAUUGAAUGAUACCAUCAUCCUCGACAAUUCUCCGGCCUCCUACAUUUUCCACCCGACCAAUGCGGUACCUGUAUCCAGCUGGUUCAACGACCCUCAUGACACUGAGCUGACAGACUUGUGUCCUUUCCUCGAAGACUUGUGUGCGGUGGAAGAUGUACGGAUUGUUCUUGAUGGAUUUAUUGACCUCCUGUAA